UGGCGGCGGCGGCGGCGGCCCCGGAGCCCAGGAAGCCGCACGGGGUGAAGCGGCAUCACCAUAAGCACAACUUGAAGCACCGCUAUGAGCUGCAGGAGACCCUGGGCAAAGGCACCUAUGGCAAAGUCAAGAGGGCCACCGAGAGGUUUUCAGGCCGAGUGAGCACUCAAUGCCUUUGUAAUCCAGAGGGAUGGUUUAACUAUGAAAGGGUGGUACAGGUUGCUAUAAAAUCCAUUCGUAAGGACAAAAUUAAGGAUGAACAAGACAUGGUUCACAUCAGACGAGAGAUUGAGAUCAUGUCAUCCCUCAACCAUCCUCAUAUCAUCAGUAUUUAUGAAGAUUCACAAGUUCCGCAUGAAGUCUCUGCAGACUGGAUCCGAAUGAAGGACUCGCCCCCGUUACUAAUACAGCACCAGAGCGUUUUCUUCGCUUUUAAUCAUGUGAAUGAGCUCUUCAGCUUGUUUGAGAACAAAGAUAAGAUUGUGAUCAUCAUGGAGUACGCGAGCAAAGGGGAGCUGUACGAUUACAUCAGCGAGCGGCGACGCCUCAGCGAGAGGGAGACCAGACACUUCUUCCGGCAGAUCGUCUCCGCCGUGCACUAUUGUCACAAGAAUGGUGUGGUCCACCGGGAUUUGAAGCUGGAAAAUAUACUGCUCGAUGACAACUGCAAUAUUAAGAUUGCUGACUUUGGGCUUUCCAACUUGUACCAGAAGGACAAGUUCUUGCAAACCUUUUGUGGGAGUCCACUCUAUGCAUCUCCUGAAAUUGUCAACGGGAGGCCUUACCGAGGGCCGGAGGUGGACAGCUGGGCCCUAGGUGUGUUGCUUUACACUCUCGUUUAUGGAACAAUGCCCUUCGAUGGUUUCGAUCACAAAAACCUCAUUCGGCAGAUCAGCAGCGGAGAGUACCGGGAGCCCACGCAGCCCUCAGAUGCUCGAGGACUCAUUCGGUGGAUGCUGAUGGUGAACCCCGAUCGUCGGGCCACCAUCGAGGACAUCGCCAACCACUGGUGGGUGAACUGGGGCUACAAGAGCAGUGUCUGUGACUGUGACGCCCUUCACAACUCCGAGUCCCCGCUCCUGGCUCGCAUUAUCGACUGGCACCACCGUUCCACGGGGCUGCAGGCCGAGGCCGAAGCCAAAAUCAAGGGCCUGGCCAAACCCGGGGCCUCUGAGGUCAUGCUGGAGCGGCAGAGGUCACUGAAGAAGUCCAAGAAAGAGAAUGACUUUGCCCAGUCCGGCCAGGACUCGGUGCCCGAAAGCCCAUCCAAGCUGAGUUCCAAGCGGCCCAAAGGGAUCCUGAAGAAGCGAAGCAACAGUGAGCAUCGCUCGCACAGCACUGGCUUCAUCGAAGGUGUCGUCAGUCCUGCCUUACCCUCUGCUUUCAAGAUGGACCAGGACUUGUGCCGGACUGGCAUGCCCCUCCCAAGCUCCCCCGAGGCGGAGGUGCCAAGUAAACUCAGCCCCAAACACUCGGCCACCAUGCCCAAGAAAGGCAUCUUGAAAAAGACCCAGCAGAGAGAAUCAGGUUAUUACUCCUCUCCGGAGCGCAGUGAGUCUUCGGAGCUAUUGGACGGUAAUGAUGAGACAGGGAGCAGCGUCCCAUCCCCAACGCCCCCGGACCCAGCCAGGGUGACUGCCCUCAGCCUUUCCUGCCGCAGGAAGGGCAUCUUGAAACACAGCAGCAAGUACUCUGCGGGCACCAUGGACCCAGCCCUCGCUAGCCCCGAAAUGCCCACACUGGAAUCCUUGCUGGAGCCCGGCGUGCCUGCUGAGGGCCUCUCCCGGAGCUACAGCCGGCCUUCCAGCGUCAUCAGCGAUGACAGCGUCCUGUCCAGCGACUCCUUCGACUUGCUGGACCUGCAGGAGAAUCGCCCCGCCCGCCAGCGCAUCCGCAGCUGCGUCUCUGCUGAAAACUUCCUUCAGAUCCAGGACUUCGAGGGGCUCCAGAACCGGCCCCGGCCCCAGUACCUGAAGCGGUACCGGAAUCGGCUGGGAGACAGCAGCUUCUCCCUGCUUACAGACAUGGAUGACGUGACUCAGGUCUACAAGAAAGCGCUGGAGAUCUGCAACAAGCUCAACUAGCUCUCUGGGGUGCAGGGCGGGUUGGGGGUGGGCAUGAGGGAGGAAGGGGAGCAGUGACUUGUCCUAAUGAGCUAGUUACCUCUUUGCUGGCCAUGUUAAUAGACUGGAAAAGGAUCGGUGCCAUCUCGCUUGGCCAAGUUUGCAGCCUUGAGCUAGUGUCUAAAAGGGAUAAGUGGGCUGUCUGCCAUUCCUGUCAACUGCCAGUCAGAAUUUGGGUCCUAAUGGGCGUUGGCUUUAUGACACCUCCUAGAGGACCAGCUGUCUGGGGAGGUGGCAUUGGCCAACACCUAGAGGGGUGGGCUAGAAGCAUAUGAGAGAAAGAGCAUUUCCCUAGAAGUCAUCCAAAUGCUUCUGGAGGAAAGGCAAGAGAGACCAUCUGCUCUGAGUGAGCUUAGAGCUUGCUCCUUCUCACAUUAGUAAGCUUGGUCUGACUGCAGGGGGUUGGCAAGUCUGUUUCAGCAACUUGAGCUUGAAUCUGUGAUCGAUUGAUAGUGGCUGCUGAGUGUGUUGGUUUGGGUAGCCCAGGUACAUGGGAAGGAGUGCUGUGAUUGAAUAAUCAUGGCUGCCAUGGGGGGCAGGAAGCGGGCCGUAGCACUCCUGGCAUGUAGUGCUUGACCUGGCUAAGCCCUGGGAAUUAGGUUAGGGCAUCCUGUGGGAUCUGUUAUGUCUUUCAUGCCACUAGUGUGGCAUUUGUUACUUUGCUACUCUACCUUGAAUGGAAGACAGGGCCUUGGUCAGAGGGAGAAUUCUCUGAACUCUGCUAAGGACGUAGAGUCAGCACAUGGUGAUGUUUUGGCUUCUUUCCUGAUGUCUGUUUUGCCCUUCAGCAUAAUCUCCUAAGGGUGGACAGGUAAAAAGAUGGUGGUGUCAGAGGUCAGAACUCUGGUGUAUAACAGAGCUUGGGAUCCUCUGUGGUCUUUGUGCAGGUGAAUGGAAAUUGACCCACACCAGCAAGGGGCAAUUCGUCUGUUUCUUUAAUGUCUCAAUAUUAACUGGAAUGCCACCUCUUAGAUUCAUUCUCACCUGCAUGAAUGCUCUGAAUGGGAUGUGACGCUGUCCACAGUCUCCAAAAGAGUAACCGGCUCAACCAUUCAGCCUGUUUACUAAUAGGAGACGGUUCCCCAUCCGCCAAGUGUGGAAUCCUUAGAAGCAGAGAGUUUGCUUCAAGGGAGUUAAUGUGUAGGUAGAAUAUUUGGACAAGGAAAGGAAAGUCAGCAGAAGGUGCAUUCUCCCAAAGCUAGGUAUCCCAUGUCACGAGUUUGAACUCCUAGGCUUCGUGGAUAAAGAAAGCUCCAUCCAUUCAAAUGAAUAAGGUGUUGGAAGAGCAGAGUGAGUUGGGAGGAAGUAUGCAGGACAGGGGACAUUUCCCUAGAAGUCAUCCAAAUGCUUCUGGAGGGAUCAGAGAAGACGUAUGAAAAGACUCUUACCUUAGAAAGUAACGUAACUGGGUAUUAAAGUUUUAGACACCCAGAUUACAGGUGACAAGAUGUCACUCCCACAAUGGGACGUCUUCAUAUACUGAAUUUGGAAUUAAUGGUCUUGGGAAUUUGAGAUGAUUUCAGAUUCUGCUGGCCUGGGCAAACUGAAACCCUUGUUUCAAGAUGGUUGACUUCUUGGUAGACACCUGGAUAUAUAAGGAGGGCUAGUCUUGGGGGGUAUUUUUGGGAAAACCAACCGAUAAUAAUUCAUAGGGAGAUGAGAAGAAAUCACCUUCAGGCACUAAGAACAUUAAUUAGAAUGAAACUGCCCUUUCUCCAAGGAGGUGGCUCCAUUUCUCCCCUUGCCACCAGCUCUGGGGUUUUAGUUUGUGCGUUCCUUCAGGUUGAGCUCAGUAAUUAUUGUGGGGAACUUCUCCGUUUCCUUUCACUCAGUCCCACCUCCUUUCUGAGCUCCAAUAUAGGUUCAAAGGGAAAAAAUCUGUAGGUAGCAAAUCGUGGAGGGUGUGUGGCUACACAGAGGAUGUUCUGCAACCUCUGAGCUCCCUACUCCUGGUCUCAUUUAAUGCAGCCUUUUCUGAGCACUUGUACUGCCGCACUGCUGGUCUCUCUUGUAUGGCAGCUGGCCUAGUUGGUAGCUGUCCGUAUUUAUGACUUAGAUGUAACACCUACCUGCUGGUUGAUGUGUUUUUUCCUUUUGCCAAGUGAUCGCCUCUGUUUGGCAUUUUCCAGCCUUCUAAUUUUUAGAUUAAAGUGACACUAUAAGGAAAAUCAUUCUAUACCCUCCCCGCCCUGCCUCCCAAACCCCAAAAUCUCUCUCUCACACACACAUACACAUACACACACACGUUCACUUUCAUCAAUAAACCCAGACAGUGGAUUGUGGCAGACACGGUCCUCCACUCAGAGGCAGAGACAAUGAGGCAAGUCCUAGUGUGUUGCUAACUAGGUUGCUAACUGGUCGUAAGCACCUGUGGUGUUAUGGGGGCUGUUUUCCUCAGAGUGAGAGCCGGAGGGGUGGAUCAGCUGGUCUCUCAGGCCCUGCCAGUUCUGACAUUCUGCUAAAUCCUCCAAUUCUAGAUCUGAUGUUGACUCUGUCUUCUGAAGGAAAAACUUAGACUAGAGGGAAAUACCCUGAAAAGCAGCUCCCCUGCUUCCUGAGUAAGUCCUGUCAUCCCUACCAGCCAAUCCCCAGCCGAGGAAGUCAUGCUUGAUUCAUUUCCAUGGAAUUACGAGUGAGAGACACUUUUAUGACAUGAUGGACCAAGCAGGAGAUUCGAUGUCAGCUCUCCUGGUCCUUUCCUUGCCUCUGUGGGCCUUUCAGUGUCUUAGUUUACACAUCUGCCAAAGGAGUAGAAUUAUACUUCUUUUUACAGGUAAAUUUCAAGGCAUGAUCAGUUUUCAGGAAGUGCUUCAAGACCCCAGGUGAAAUGAAAAUGCUAAGUACUCUCUGAAUUUCCAUCCCUGUUACAAGGUGCUGCUUCUUUAGAUGACAAGGAGCACUUUUCAGGGUAAAAUUCAGGUGAGCGUUGCCCAGACCUGCUGUCUUGAGUACAAAUGUGAAUGAUCAACUGACUGCUUAUUGCCAAACUGGAAAUGUUCUGUAGGGAUUAACUGGCAUGGUAUCAUUCCUAGAAGAAAAAAAAAAAAAAAGAGAGAAACUUGACUGCACAUUUUUUUUAAUAAUCCAUGUUGUGACUUUUAUUUAAUUUCUAUUUUUUUUUUUGGUAAUAAAAAGUCGACUUUUUUAUUUGAAUUUGUCUUUUUUUAUUUAUUGGUCUGAAAGGCAUUUCAAAGGUAUUAUAAUAAUAUAUUGGUGUAAUUUAAUUGGUGCAACAUGCUCUAUGGCUCCAGUCAAAAUUGAUCUUCACUCAUUUGAUUGGUUUGAGCCCAGAACAGCCUACAGGGAAAAAAAAAAAAAAA